UCAACCGCAUCCAAAGGGCUGAGGCCGUUGACCAAAGGAGUCCACCACUCCACCAGAGCCACGGAUAAGAUAAACUUGUAGUCUUGUACGAUGAGCGGCCGCGAUGCCGCCUCCCCGGCGCCGGCCGACGCCUCCGCCAUAUGCGCUCAGAUCGCGGCCGUCUUCGCCGCGCCAUCCGCGCACCCACCGGCGCGAGCCGUCCUAGUCUCUGAGCUCGCCGCCGCGUCCUCCCGGGGAGGCCGCGUGUUCGUGCACGGCGUCGGGCGCGAGGGCCUCAUGAUGCGCGCCCUCUGCAUGCGCCUGGCGCACCUCGGCCUCCCAGCGCACUGCGUCAGCGACGUCACGGCGCCGCCCGCCUUAUCGGGAGACCUCCUCGUCGCCUCCGCGGGACCGGGCGCGUUCUCCACCGUCGACGCCAUCUGCGGCGUGGCGCGAGGCGCCGGCGCGCGCGUCGUGCUGCUCACAGCGAGGCCGGAGGGAGAUUUCCCUGGGCGCCAAGCCGACGUGGUGGCCCACCUCCCCGCGCAGACCAUGGCUGACGACGAGGAUGGCGCGGCGGCGCAGGCGAAGCUGCCGAUGGGGAGCCUGUACGAGGGGGCCAUGUUUGUGCUGUUCGAGAUGGUGGUGCUCGAGCUCGCGGGUGUUCUGGGCCAAAGCCCGGCCCAGAUGAGGGCCCGCCACACAAACUUGGAGUAGUCCGAUGCUACAGCUUUUCUUAUUGAAAAAAAUUGUGAAAGAUUGUGACCAACCGAUGCUUUUGAGUCUUCAUGAGUUUGUAUAAUACUAGCUGAGUGCCCGUGCGUUGCCACGGAACAAACAUAUAUCUUUUUCUCUAUGUGCGCACACCGAACCACUUCUUUCUGCAGAUGUGAUGAAUCCGUUG